CACCAGAAACCGGUGGGGACAACCGAACCGAACCGAAACCGAACUUCAAUUCAUUUCAUCUUCCACUUCCACAAAAUUGAAGAAGAGAAACCUUAAACCUUCAAAGGCUACGCUACCACGCUUACACUACUUCUGGAAUUGGAUUAUUAAAUUAUCUCUGUAACAGUUACUAUAUAUUGAAUCAAAAAUGCCAGCCGAAGAAAAUCUGGAAAUCAAUAGCCGCCUGAACCGCUACAAGAAUAAGGGGAAAGACUCAGAGGAAAUGCGGAGGAGACGUAAUGAAGUAAGUGUUGAACUUCGCAAAGCUCGAAAAGAUGAUCAACUUCUUAAAAGAAGGAAUAUCAGUUUGGACGAGAUUGCUAGUCCUUUGCAAGAAAACAACGCCAACACCCAACCUAUACUGAGCAUGGAUGCAAUCAUUGAUGGCAUGAAGAGUUCUGAUGAAGAUGCCCAGCUGAAAGCAACUGUUGCAGCCCGUAAAACUCUAAGUCGAGAAAGAAAUCCUCCAAUCGAUGAUAUGAUUAAAUUAGGUCUUGUACCACGGUGUAUUGAGUUCCUUUCAAACUUUAACAACCCUAACUUACAAUUUGAGGCAGCAUGGGCCUUGACCAAUGUAGCAUCUGGGACAUCCGAGCAGACCAAUGCUGUCAUCAAGGGCGGAGCUGUGCCUAAACUUGUGGCUCUGCUCAAGUCUCCGUUUGCACAUGUGGCAGAACAAGCUGUGUGGGCGCUGGGUAAUAUUGCAGGAGACGGUGCUGUGGCUAGAGACCUCGUCCUCAACAACAACUCUGUAGAGGCUCUACUGGCACUCAUCAACCCUGACACUCCGCUUCCAUUCCUCCGCAACAUUGUUUGGACCUUAUCAAACUUGUGCCGCAACAAGAAUCCACCACCCAGCUUUGAGAGCGUCAGGCCUUGCCUCAUUGCGUUCAGCAAGCUCUUGCAUUACUCAGAUGCUGAUGUUUUAGCGGACACAUGCUGGGCUCUGUCCUACCUUACAGAUGGGAGCAAUGACAAGAUUCAAGCAGUGGUGGACACAGGGAUUGUAGGUCGGCUAGUAGAACUGCUGGCCAACCCUGAUGUCAAGGUGCUUACUCCGGCCUUGCGAACUGUGGGCAAUAUCGUCACCGGAAACGACCUGCAGACAGACUCCAUCAUCCAGGGAGGGGGACUGCACCACCUGGGGAUGUUACUGCAGAACAAUCGUCCCAACAUUGUCAAGGAAGCUGCAUGGACUGUGUCCAACAUCACAGCAGGCAAUGUGGAUCAGAUACAAGAAGUGAUCAAUGCAGGCAUCAUCCCACCUCUCAUCCAUAUACUCAAGACUGGGGACUACAAGUCUCAGAAGGAGGCAGCUUGGGCUGUGACCAACUACACCAGUGGAGGGUCUGUAGAGCAAAUAGCCAUGUUGGUACAGAUGGACACUCUCUCUGGAAUGUGUGACCUACUGAGUAGCAAGGACUCCAAGACUAUCAACGUAGCUCUGGACGGCAUUGCCAACAUACUGUCUGCAGCUGAGAAGAUGAACGAAGUGACCUCUGUUGCUGUGGCUAUAGAAGAGUGUGGUGGGUUGGACAAGCUGGAGGCUCUGCAGACUCAUGAAAAUGAACAAAUUUAUCUGAAAGUUCUACAGAUCAUUGACAACUACUUUUCUAGUGAGGAAGAGGAUCCUAACAUGGCUCCUACCACUACUGAAAAUGGAAUUGAGUUUAAUGCUCAACAAAAUGUGCCUCAAGGUGGAUUCAAUUUUUAGCAAUAUGAUUUGAAGACUGAACCUCGCUCACAUUAUAUUUAAGGGAAUAAAUUUUACAUGCCAUAUUACCGGUAUAUCAUCAAAAUGUAUUAUCCUACUUGAUUUUUUAUGAGCGUAAUCAAUUUUUAUUGUUUUUUAUUCUUGUUGAUUUUGAUAUUGUCUCUAAGAUAAUUUUAUAUGUGUACUAUGAUUGUCAGCUCAAACGCAUUCGAUCUCGAAUUGUGAUCUCAGUCCUAUGGACUGCCUUCCGGUCUCUAUCUCAUUUGUAUAUUUUGAUAGGGUGCGUUAAGAAAUAAGCUGGAAUUUUAAUAAAAAUCGUUUGUAUUAAUUA